AACAAUGGUUACCUGAACAUACAUAGCGUCAUGGAUCAUCGUAUAAAGUUUUCCUGACAAUACUUAUCAAAUUACGAGAUCAAUUGAUACAUUAACACAGAUAUCACAGUUUGAUUAAACUGCAGGUAUUCUUCAAAAAUGUACCGGUAAUUUGGUUUCACUAUCAUACCCUAAUAACACUCUGUGUCCUCUCACUGUAGUUUGUAUCGAAACUUGUCUUCUGUAGUAUAAAAACUCGAAAUGCGCGUGGACACCGGUGGCUGCGCCCGCGAUUUACCCCACCUGCGCCAGCCCCACCAAGUGUGAGUGUCGCCGCUCUACGCACUGCAAGGAAACAAUUUCCACCUUUCUAACAUUGCCGGAUAAAACGGGUUAGUAGGGAUGAACCAAGGGGCUCUAUUAUGCAACUCUUGGACUUGCAAACUGAGCAGGUAUAUAAGCUUGUGGAGCGUUCGGAAACAGUAGAAAGUAACCCAGUCUCAACAGACCAACUGUAUCACAGAAUCAGUCCAGCAAUUGUCAUCAUGUACGCGAAACUCGCUCUCGUCGCUGUCUUGGUAGCCGUGGUCGUAGCUUCACCCACCCCCGGUGGAGGCGGACACCACAAACACGUCACCAUCCACGUGCCGUACAAGGUGCACACGAUCCACCACCACCACGUCUCCAAGGUGCACGUGCCAGUCCACGUACCCGUGGUAAAGGAGGUGCCGGUCAUCAAGGAGGUGCCGGUGGUGAAGCACGUCCCGGUGCACGUGGUGAAACACGUCCCCGUGCCCGUGAUCAAGAAGGUGGAGGUCGAGAAGAAGGUGUACGUGCCCGUCCACACGCACCACGAACACGUUGAGGAGCACCACGGAUGGGAGGGCGAGUCGCUGUCGCAUGGCUGGCACUGAUUGCUGAAUCAUCCUCGAAAGUUGUAGGUUAAGGUUUAUAUAAGAUCACAAACACAUCACAACGGUGGAAGACUCAAUGGAUGACUGCGUUCAUCUAGAUCCCGUCGCUCAGUAUUGUGAAACUCGUUACCGUUAUUGUUAAAUAGGUAUAAGAACCAAAGAAGAAUAAAGAUGUGUAUAGUAUUUUUUUACAAAUGAAA